AUGUCUCAACUUUCGCCAGAAGAUAAAUCAUCCAAUUCAGAAAAUGAGGUCAAUUCAGAAAGUGAAAGUGGUUCAUUUUCUGAAUUAGAUCAAAGGUUUAGUUCUAAGGUCUCUCGGAAAAGAACCAAACAUAGAUAUUUCCCAUAUAUAAUUCCAUUGGAAUAUUCUCCAAAAUAUUCUCCAACCUUAGAAAAUAUUACGAUAGCAGGUCCGUCAGAUGUACAAACUACAACAACGGCAGGUCCGACUGAUGUACUACAAACUACGAUGGCAGGUCUGUCUGAUGUACAAACUACGACGACAGCAGGUCCGACUGAUGUACUACAAACUACGAUGGCAGGUCCGUCUGAUGUACAAACUACGACGACGGCAGGUCCGUCUGAAAUUAUAUCACCGAGGAAAAGAAAGGACGAAGAGUCCACUAAAAGCAAAGAAGCAAAAAAGGCCAAAUUAACCCCGGCAGACAACCCGAAAGAAAAAGACACAAUCAAAAUUCUUUCAGAAGAUCAUUACGAAGUCCAACAGUUCUUAGAAACGAUUCCCGCUAAUGCUUUGAAAGACGGAUUAGUUGCUCUAAAGAGCAUGAAUGGCGGAAAUUGUAAACAACUUAUCUUAGAUAUAGAUAAGCAAAAAUUAACUGCCGUUCUUCCGUCAGGAUCUCUUAACAUAAAACCGACAUUUUACAUGUCCGAGAAAAAUUUUAUAGAAAUGGAACAGGAGAGAUUUGAGAACAAUCCCUAUAUACUUAAGCGAUUACCUGCUUAUUCAGACAAUAGCAACAAUAAUACAACAAUAGGGAUCGAACUUUUAUAUAAAGAAAAGAUAACUGGUGAAAAUCUUAAGGAAGAUACAUUAGCCGUUGUAUGGUUAAUACAUCAUUUAAAGACGGUCCAAGAUCGAAUGGAAUUUGAUGGUUCCAAAAUAAAUGGAGCUAUUCCUCUUGUGAGAAAUAUUGAUGAUGAUAAUAAUCUUAAUUUAAGAAUUAAUUCCAUUCCUGACAAAAUAGACGUUGGCAAUAUGUCUUCGUUGAUAGAAGACAUGCUUAUGAUAUUAGAAACAGUCGCUUCAGAGCCAAAAAAAUUUGGCGAAACAAAUGCAUUAAAAGUUAAGAAAAAACUUGAGGGGGAGAUGAAAGAAACAGAAGAAGAAACUGAAUUAGAAAAGUUUCUAAAAAAAGCUGAAGAAAAACUAACGCAAAGACAAUGGAGAAGUUACAAAACUUCAGCCGAAAGAAUAAAUAGGUUGUGGAAUACAUGCAAUAAAAGUUUUGCGAUUUUCGAUUUGAUAACUGUUCUCACACCUAAUUUAUUUGAACGACUACCAAGUAAAGAAAGUGCGGAACGGUGGUUUACAAUAAUCGAAAAAGGAAUCUAUUAUACUCAUCAGGAGUAUAAGGAUAUCCAAAAGCAGCAGGAGGAGGAGAAGGAAGUUAUUGAUGACAGUAGUAGUAGCGACAGUAGUAGUAGCGACAGUAGUAGCAGCAGCAGUAGUAGUAAUAAUAAUAUUGGAAGUGGAAGUAGAAGGAGACGGGGACUAGGAAGGGAAAGAGGACGAGGAAGGGAAAGAGGACGAGGAACGAGAAUGGGAAGAGGAACGGGAACGGGAACGGGAAGAGGAAGAGGGAAUAAAGCUGGUAGUAGUAGUGAUAAAGGAAAGGAAAAAGUAGUCUAA